AUGGAACAAGCAAAGUCGGCGUUCGAAGACCAGAUUGCUGCCUUCCGCAGCAAUCGUAAAAUGAUUCGGAUCAAUCAGAUCCCAUUCAAAGCCACCCGCAUUGCUUUCGAAAGCGCACUUCGGGAGAAGCUCAGCAACUCCGACUCCCCUCGUUUUUUCUGGCCACCAGUCGACAAGGCCAAAUUGAACAACCCCGCUCGUCAUUUGGGCUGGGUAAUGGUCGGAUUCGACCAACGAGAUCAGUGCCGGCAAGCUGAUCGAGCAUCCAGGGUGGCAUUCACAUCGGGCUCCUCUGGGAAACGAAAGAGGCCUGCUGAUUCUGAAGAAGCUUCAACAACCGCGCCUUCCGUCGCGGGUCCUUCGUUUGCCGCAACACCUGCGGUUCCCACACCAACUUCCGGCAAUACCACCGUCGAAGCCGCUCUGCUCCCUGGCAUCACCCCAGAGAAUGCCCCCGCUGCCAUGGAUGCCCCUACCGCUAUGGUCGACACUAAGGAUGCUUCCGCCGUCGAGGAUGCUCAUUCCGCCACGAAGAAAAGAAAGUUGAAUGCUAAUGCUACCGAGGAUGCUCAUGCUGCCGAGGAUCUCCCCAUCAAGAAGAGGAAGUUGGAAACCAACUGA